GAAAACGUAGGCCUCAAAUUUGGUAGCACUUCAAAAUUGUUCGUAAGCAGAAAUUACAAGAUCACAUUUAGUAAAAAAAAAAACACAAAAAACUAAUGUUUGAUAAUUCAAAUCACAAGAUGAGCAAAUACUUCAACACCGAGAUCCUCAAGACGCUGGUGGCCCAGGCGCCGGUCGAUGGGCAGGACAUCUGCAAUGAUCGCUUCGCAGCCAUGGAAAAAGCGGGUCAGUACCUCCUGUUCGUCUCCUCGGAUCCCAAGAAGGAACUACAUCCGCAGAAGGUGAAGACGACCCUGCGGCAAUUGUUUCAAGCGGAGGUCAAAGAGCAUGGUUGCAUCGUGAGGAUCCGUGAAGAAACCGCGCACAAGGAUCAGGGGCAGGCGCAUGAGGAGCAAAAGAUCCCCCAAGAAGAGGAUUACGAUGAGGAUUCGGUUGUGGGAAACACCAAGCGAGUAGAACGCGCCAGGGGCGGCCUCAACAUCACCUACGAUCCCAAGAUGCUGUCCACGGAUGACUCCUGGACCAACUGGCCGGACAGGAGCCGUGGCAAAUUAAAGGUACUGCACCGCAACCCCAACCCCCUUAGCAGCUCUCAAAGUAGCGAGGAUUGGGGCGGAUCGAAGGGCAGCUCAGUGUACGUUUCGCUGGACGAAUACAUCAAGAUGAAGGAUACAAGACGGCCUCGUUCGAAGAGCCCUGUGAGGAACCAGAAGGAUAAGCAGAGGAAUAGGCAGAAGAAUGAGCAGAAGGAUGAGCAGAAGGUCGAGCCGAAGAAGAGCCAGAAGAGCGAGAAGGAUCCCCCAGAGAACCGCCAGCUGGCGGAGGUAGCAGCUCUGCAGACGCUGCUGAAGCAAUUGUUCCAGCGGUGCUCCGAGCACAUGAACAAUCUGACAGAGUUCCUCAAGGAGUUCAUGGACCAGCCCCACAAGGACAACCUGACAUACUUGCUCAGAGAGUUUGUAGGUCUGCCCCAGCGGUCGGAAGGUGAGGACGGAUCGAAUCUCAACCCCGACGCGAUGUCGGAUGACUCCGACGACGAGGGGAUGGACUGGCUUAGCCAGAAUCCCUUCACCAGUGCACACAGGAUUUCGGUGCCAGAAAGCAGUCGAGGGGAGGACUCCCCCAGUCGCCUGAAGCGAUUCCGAGUCAUCCUGCAAUCUUGCAUACGUUCUGUUCGCGAGUUCUUCUCCACCUGGGACCAGGAGUCCUUUCGGUCCUGGUUGGAUCGUGAAGAUCCUCUGUUUGUGGGACACAGCGGCGAUCCCUCCUUCUUGUUACUGGUGGACCGCCUCAUGCUCGCCGUCAAGUGGGCUACAAAACUGGAGGAGUUACAAGCCGCAACCCGGGUUCAGCCAGAGCAAGUGGUACUGGACUCCGAAAGGGAGCAGCAGCUGAGGAACGAACCCAACUUUCGCAGGGUCUCCAGCCGGUCCCUAACCCGCUUGAAGACCUUGCUCAAUUCGGUGGAUCCGCACAGCGCACAGCCCUUGUACUUGGUAACUCAGAGCAAGGGCCGCCAGUGCUGAUCCAUCCUCCGUGGUAUGUUGAGUUCCUUGUGGCCAAAAUCAUAGGCACACACUUCGAAUGACCGGUUGUCUAAAUCACCAACUCACUUACCUUGAAUCCCACCGGCUCCAUGGCGGGCGAGACGACGGCGGCGGGGUUUAGCUCGAUGUUAAUGUUAUUGGGCUCCAUGAUGAGCCCCAGGCUCUGCAGAUUGCACACCUCCGGCAGCUGUAGGGUGGGCGUGGGCACCUUGAGCACCGCCACGGUGCAGUCGAUGCUCGACGCCGUCACCGUCGCAGUGGCGGGCAGCGUCUCCGGCAUGCUGGCCACCGCUUCAGACGGCCCCUCCCGCUGCUCCUCGGCGCUGCUCCUCCGCCUUCCGGUCCCUAUGCUGACUCCGAUCUUGACCGCACUGGUACUCUCCGUCAAAGUCCUGCAAGAGACAUUAGACAGGCAUUAGUUUUU